AUGGCAGCUCCACAAGUAUCUCAUGAGAAGCUUCAAGCAGUGUUUACAGGCGUCCGACGAGAUGUCGAAGGUGUGACGGUUGAUCAGUAUCGCGGAAUCAAGUAUGCAGAUGUAACAGCGCGAUUUGAACGUGCUCAGCCUGUGGAAAGCUUUCAAGGUAGCGCCGUCGAUGCUACCAGAUACGGACCAAGAUGUCCUCAGGUCCCCGUGGACCUUCGCCACUUGUUGCGCAUCCCGGAGGAUUUUGAAAUAGCACCAGAGGCUGAGGAUGAAUUUGAGUGUCUGAACUUGGAUAUCACCUGUCCUUCACCGUCUACAAGUGGGCCUCUUCCUGUUUUACUCUGGAUAUAUGGGGGAUCUCAAAUUGUUACAUUCUGCUCUGCUCAGUCGAAAAUCUGCGAUCCUACCCGAAUUGUUGCGGACUCGAUCAAGGCUGGCCAGCCCAUUAUCUUUGUCUCUUUCAAUUAUCGGCUCAAUAUCUUCAGCUUCGGUGAUGGAAAGGAGAAGAAUCUGGCGCUCAAGGAUCAGAAAAUAGCUAUUGAUUGGGUUCAAAAGAACAUUGCAGAGUUUGGAGGUGAUCCAAACAACAUUACACUUGCCGGAGAAAGUGCGGGGGCUGUCUAUGUACACGCACAUCUAAUCACUGGUGCUGCUGUAAAGCGGGCAGUGUUGGCAUCGGGAUCGCUAUAUCUCUCUUCACCUUUGCCAGUCGAGAGAGGUGAUGGGCUCAUCAAGGCAUUGGAAAGCAAGGUACAUGAACUGGGACAGCCGUCCCUCCGCCAGUCUUCCGUUGAAGUCCUCCUACGGGCCUUGCAAGAUUGCAAUGUGAACACUAUGUGGAUACAGGAGGACGGAGAGUUUGAAGAUUGGGAAAACAAGCCGGAACAAGUCGAGGAAGUGAUGAUCGGUGAUACUGAGUAUGAGUCUGUUAUCUGGAGAAACGGGAUUGAGACUUUCGACGGGAUAACAAUCGCUGCAGCCUUCGAGACUGAGAAGGAGUACGGUUCCAAGCUGCGCAAAAUGUACCAGAUUGUCGCCGAUCGCCCGACAGCUUGCAAACUUGGAGCGCUAGAUUUUGUCAACGAUGCUCGGUACACACUGCCUGUCGAAAUCGUCGCGGAAAAGCUCAAGGCCGCGAAUAAGCGCGUCUUCAAAUACGUCGUUGACCAACCCAACCCAUGGCAACCAUCUAGCCGGGCACAUCAUGCGGUCGAUCUCCUCUUCCUCUUUGGGGGUCUUGAUCUUUCUUUCAACCCCGCUGCGGAUGAAGUGGGCCACCAGAUGCGGAGUCGCUGGAUACAGUUUGUUAAUGGCCGGGCGCCUUGGUUGGAGGGCCGAAGGUUUGCCUACGGGCCCGUCGGGGAGUGCAAGGAGAUCACCGAUGCACAAUUUGCUUCUCGCCGGCGUGUAGAGCACCUCAAGGUGCUACGUGAGGCCGGCAUGGGGAUAUACCUACCUAUUGUGUUCACGUUGACCGCAGGCAAGAUCAGCUUGUUGAAUUAA